UGCCUGCCCACGCUCUGUUCGUCGUUUCUCCGAAAUUUUGAUAUUUCUUUCAUUCUGAUUGCAGGACAGUGACCGGUAUGUGUGCAUUUGUUGAUAAUUUAUUCUAGUUGAGUUUUGUUGAGUACUGCAUGAUAUUAAACCACGUUCAUGGUCGAGAAAUGCUUAGAUAUUUUAAUCACCGGUUGUGGUGGUGGUCGACAGCCCACUUUGAAGCGGGCUUGCAUGGCAUUCACUUUACAACAACGCACAGCACUCUGCUAGGUUCUGCAAGUCCGUUAUCUAGCAAGCUAAGCUAGUGCUGUGUAUUGCAAAUAAUAGAUCCGAUCGACAAUACAAACUCUUCAAUCCAUGUGAAUUUUGCUAUUCUAGAUAGAGCCUGCACUACAGUCAGUUUGGUUCAGUACUCUAAAUCAAUGCAUAUACUAAACACUAAGUACACAGCAUAUUCUUUCACAGUUGUCCAGCAUAUUCUGGUACCAGUGCACUCUUUCCUGCACAGCCCCCAUUUUGUGAGUGUGUGUGUGUGUUGUUGUGUGGUCCAGCUGAUUAACAAUCUUUGAAUAACAACCUGGGUUGAAGUAUUCUAGUUUCUCAUCAUCCUGUUAUGAUAGAAGCAUGUGGGUAUUUCACCUGUCUCUAUUGCAUUUCUUCUCUUUGACUAUUUUAGAUCUCAAAAUCUGAUAUUUGUAUAUACAUGAUUUGACAGUAAAUAUGUUGCUAAAUGUAGGAUACUUAAGUAGAAAAGGUUGAUAUAAUGCGGAAAUGUAACUGAAGUUCAUAUUCAGUUUAGAGUGAUUAACAAUCUUUAGCAUAUUUAUAUAUUUUCCCACUCUCAAAUACACAUUAUUUCCAGUGUUCUGUUUGUGAAACUCAAGGUGCGGGUUGAUGGUCACUAGACUUGAUACUGAAUGUUGUGAUUGACGCCAGACCUGAGGUCCAAGUACAAGGACCGAGGACACACUGAUUAUUCACUGUUGUAUCACAGUGGUCCUCUGUAGCUCAAUUGGUAGAGCAUGGCGCUUGUAACGCCAGGGUAGUGGGUUCGAUCCCCGGGACCACCCAUACGUAAAAAUGUAUGCGCACAUGACUGUAAGUCGCUAUGGAUAAAAGCGUCUGCUAAACGGCAUAUUAUUAUAAUUAUAAUAAUAAUAAUUAUUAUUAUUCUGUUGCAGCUGACAGUCACUGCCUUUAUGUUUUGUCUUCCUACAAGCCUCUCGGGCUGGUGUUUACAGAACAUUUGGUGCUGUCUGAUUAGGAUAUAAAGGGCCUGACUCCAAGAGGCUUAUUAUACAUUUUCUCUGCUUCUGUGCAACUUGUAAUAAACCAGAUUUAUUUUUUAUUGACUGACUUCUCUUUUGUUCACCUGGAAAUUCCUAGUACAUAUAGAAAAUAAGAAAAGGUUCCCUAGAUGAGCUCUGAGGUCACUUCAGAUUUUGGUAUAGCAUGUAACUAACUAAGUAAACAGCCUAUUAUUUCACAGUUGUCCAAAGAAAAGAGCCAUGGUUCAAGCCAAGACAUGGGUCCUGACACGUCACUUUGAAGGCUUCCCGAAGGACAGCAACUUUGAGCUGAAGCUGGAGCAGCUGCCAGAGCCUAAAGAUGGAGGUAAGGACUGUGAAGAUCUCAUCUGCACUAUUACUGAGGUUAUCUGGAUCUGUACUUGUACUAAAUACAAGAUUCCUGUACCUGACUAAAGCCGAGUGAUGUCAUACGUUUGAAUGUUUUUUUUCUUCUGUUUUUAGAGGUGCUUUUGGAGGCAAUGUUUCUCAGUGUGGAUCCAUACAUGAGGUAGGAGAAAAGGGACAGGGAGGGAUUCCCCUAACAUUUGCCACCUGAAGCAUUUUGUCAUGACUCAUGUAAUGUGAUAUCUAUAAGGAAUAUGAUGUUACUCUUCAUAUUAGAACAUUGAAAGUUCUCUGAACAGUAUUGACUUUUCCAUAACAUUACUAAUCCACAUCCUUCAGUAGAUAGUACAGAAAAAGAUCUCAUCUGAUUGUUCUCCUGACAUCUCUGGUUGGUUUCCAGACCGUUCAGCCGAGUGCGUAUGAAGGAGGGGGAAGUGAUGAUCGGAACUCAAGUGGCCAAGUAAGGAAAAUAAACAAGGCUGCGAUCCCAAAUGGCACCCUAUUCCCUAUAUAGUGCACUGCUUUUAGGCCCCUGGUCAAAAGACGUGCACUAUGCAGGGAAUGGGGUGCCAUUUGGGACGCAGCCCAAGUUAUCUGCCUCUCAUCUAUCUACCAUGAGGUGACAUGCAUGCCUGCUGUUUACUGGAAGAGAAUGAGUCCUGCACCUAUGAUUCAUUUCUGAGGCCAUAGAUUAUCCUUCAUGACUUCAGUUGUAACAGCCCCCACGAUAUGCAACAUUUCAGGGAAGUCAGGAACCAAAAUACACAAUCAGUUAGGAAAGCAAAGGCUAGCUUUUUCAAACAGAAAUGUGCAUCCUGAAGCACUAACUCCAAAAAGUUUUGGGACACUGUAAAGUCCAUGGAGAAUAAAAGCACCUCCUCCCAGCUACCCACUGCACUGAGGCUAGGAAACACUGUCACCACCGAUAAAUCUACGAUAAUCUAGCAUUUCAACAAGCAUUUUGCUACGGCUGGCCAUGCUUUCCACCUGGCUACCCCUACCCCGGCCACCAGCUCUGCACCCUCCGCUGCAACUUGCCCAUGACCCCCCCCGCUUCUCCUUCACCCAAAUUCAGAUAGCUGAUGUCCUGAAAGAGCUGCAAAAUCUGGACCCCUACAAAUCAGCUGGGCUAGACAAUCUGGACCCUUUCUUUCUAAAAUUAGCCGCAGAAAUUGUCGCAAACCCCUAUUACUAGCCUGUUCAACCUCUCUUUCGUAUCGUCUGAGAUCCCCAGAGAUUGGAAAGCUGCCACGGUCAUCCCUCUCUUCAAAGGGGGUGACACUCUAGAUCCAAACUGUUACAGACCUAUAUCCAUCCUGCCCUGCCUUUCGAAAGUAUUUGAAGGCCAAGUUAGCAAACAGAUCACCGACCACUUCGAAUCCCACCGUACCUUCUCCGCUAUGCAAUCUGGUUUCCGAGCUGGUCAUGGGUGCACCUCAGCCACGCUCAAGGUCCUAAACGAUAUAAUAACCGCGAUUGAUAAAAGACAGUACUGUGCAGCAGUCUUCAUCGACCUGGCCAAGGCUUUUGACUCUGUCAAUCACCCCAUUCUUAUUGGCAGACUAAAUAGACUUGGUUUCUCAACUGACUGCCUCGCCUGGUUCACCAACUACUUUUCAAAUAGAGUUCAAUGUGUCAAAUCGGAGGGCCUGUUGUCUGGAACUCUGGCAGUCUCUAUGAGGGUGCCACAGGGUUCAGUUCUCGGGCCGACUCUAUUCUCUGUGUAUAUCAAUGAUGUCGCUCUUGCUGCUGGUGACUCUCAGAUCCACCUCUACGUAGACGACACCAUUUUAUAUACAUCUGGCCCUUCAUUAGACACUGUGUUAACAAACCUCCAAACGAGCUUCAAUGCCAUACAACACUCCUUCUGUGGCCUCCAACUGCUCUUAAACGCUAGUAAAACUAAAUGCAUGCUCUUCAAUCGAACGCUGCUUGCACCCGCCCGCCCGACUAGAAUCACUACUCUCGGCGGGUCUGACUUAGAAUAUGUGGACAACUACAAAUACCUAGGUAUCUGGUUAGACUGUAAACUCUCCUUCCAGACUCACAUCUCCAAUCCAAAGUUAAAUCUAGAAUCGGCUUCCUGUUUCGCAACAAAGCCUCCUUCACUCAUGCUGCUAAACAUGCCCUCGUAAAACUGACUAUCCUACCGAUCCUUGACUUCAGCGACGUCAUUUACAAAAUAGCUUCCAACACUCAACUCAGCAAAUUGGAUGUAGUCUAUCAGAGUACCAUCCGUUUUGUCACCAAAGCCCCAUAUACUACCCACCGUUGUGACCUGUACGCUCUCGUUGGCUGGCCCUCACUACAUAUUCGUCGCCAAACCCACUGGCUCCAGGUCAUCUAUAAAUCACUUCUAGGCAAAUCCCCGCCUUAUCUUAGCUCAUUGGUCACCAAAGCAACACCCACCCGUAGUAUGCGCUCCAGCAGGUAUAUCUCACUGGUCAUCCCCAAAGCCAACACCUCCUUUGGCCGCCAUUCCUUCCAGUUCUCUGCUGCAAAUGACUGGAACGAACUACAAAAAUCUCUGAAGCUGGAGACACUUAUCUCCCUCAUUAACUUUAAGCAUCAGUUGUCAGAGCACCUUACCGAUCACUGUACCUGUACACAGCCCAUCUGUAAUUAGCCCACCCAACUACCUCAUCCCCAUAUUGUUAUUUACAUUGUUAUUUAUUUUGCUCAUUUGCAUCCCAGUAUCUCUAUUUGCACAUCUAUCUCUCCAGUGUUAAUACUAAAUUGUAAUUAUUUUGCACUAUGGCCUAUUUAUUGCCUUACCUCCAUAACUUACUACAUUUGCACACACUGUAUAUAUAUUUUCUAUUGUGUUAUUGACUGUACGUUUUUGUUUAUUCCAUAUGUAACUCUGUGUUGUUUUUAUCGCACUGCUUUGCUUUAUCUUGGCCAGGUCGCAGUUGUAAAUGAGAACUUGUUCUCAACUGGCUUACCUGGUUAAAUAAAGGUGAAAUGAAAUAAAAUAAAAAGUAAGAGAACAAAUUGAAUGUACUUGGCAGUGUGUGCCGAGGUUCCGUUCCUGGCACUAGUGAGUGGUUCAAUGUGUUUUCACUGUGAGUCAGUCUGGGUAAAUAUACAGAACCCAAUGACUCUUCCCUGCCUCAGUUAUUCCCCUAAGGCUUUUAAAAAUGAUUUCACUGAAUUAAAUUGCCUGAGUAUGAUUAUUAAAGUGUCUUUAUAAAGGAGUACAGCAUGUCUCCGAUCUAGCCUCCAGAUAAAACCAUUUAGCAACCACUAAGGGUGUUCAUAUAGACCCAGACUAAACCUUCUCUGUAACUAAAAAUCACUUCCAAUGGAAGAUUAUCCAUUAAGCAUACUUUACGAUCUGUGUCUUCUGACACAGGCUUGUUGUAGACACACUUUAAUUACAGUGGGGGAAAAAAGUAUUUAGUCAGCCACCAAUUGUGCAAGUUCUCCCACUUAAAAAGAUGAGAGAGGCCUGUAAUUUUCAUCAUAGGUACACGUCAACUAUGACAGACAAAUUGAGAAAAAAAAAUCCAGAAAAUCCCAUUGUAGGAUUUUUUAUGAAUUUAUUUGCAAAUUAUGGUGGAAAAUAAGUAUUUGGUCACCUACAAACAAGCAAGAUUUCUGGCUCUCACAGACCUGUAACUUCUUCUUUAAGAGGCUCCUCUGUCCUCCACUCGUUACCUGUAUUAAUGGCACCUGUUUGAACUUGUUAUCAGUAUAAAAGACACCUGUCCACAACCUCAAACAGUCACACUCCAAACUUCACAAUGGCCAAGACCAAAGAGCUGUCAAAGGACACCAAAAACAAAAUUGUAGACCUGCACCAGGCUGGGAAGACUGAAUCUGCAAUAGGUAAGCAGCUUGGUUUGAAGAAAUCAACUGUGGGAGCAAUUAUUAGGAAAUGGAAGACAUACAAGACCACUGAUAAUCUCCCUCGAUCUGGGGCUCCACGCAAGAUCUCACCCCGUGGGGUCAAAAUGAUCACAAGAACGGUGAGCAAAAAUCCCAGAACCACACGGGGGGACCUAGUGAAUGACCUGCAGAGAGCUGGGACCAAAGUAACAAAGCCAACCAUCAGUAACACACUACGCCGCCAGGGACUCAAAUCCUGCAGUGUGAGACGUGUCCCCCUGCUUAAGCCAGUACAUGUCCAGGCCCGUCUGAAGUGCAUUUGGAUGAUCCAGAAGAGGAUUGGGAGAAUGUCAUAUGGUCAGAUGAAACCAAAAUAUAACUUUUUGGUAAAAACUCAACUCGUCAUGUUUGGAGGACAAAGAAUGCUGAGUUGCAUCCAAAGAACACCAUACCUACUGUGAAGCAUGGUGUUGGAAUCAUCAUGCUUUGGGGCUGUUUUUCUGCAAAGGGACCAGGACGACUGAUCCGUGUAAAGGAAAUAAUGAAUGGGGCCAUGUAUCGUGAGAUUUUGAGUGAAACCCUCCUUCCAUCAGCAAGGGCAUUGAAGAUGAAACGUGGCUGGGUCUUUCAGCAUGACAAUGAUCCCAAACACACCGCCCGGGCAACGAAGGAGUGGCUUCGUAAGAAGCAUUUCAAGGUCCUGGAGUGGCCUAGCCAGUCUCCAGAUCUCAACCCCAUAGAAAAUCUUUGGAGGGAGUUGAAAGUCUGUGUUGCCCAGCGACAGCCCCAAAACAAUAAGAAACAACCCUCAGUGAAUUCAGUUUGUGUGUCUUGGGUGAGUAGUGACCAAAUAUAUUUCCACUCAUUCCAAUAAUCAUAAAAAUUACAAUGUGUUUUUUUUCUAGGCAAGUUGACUGUACCUAUGAGCAAACAACCACAGGCACUUAUAAGAAACAACCCUCAUUAUUCAGUUUGUUUGUGUGUGUGUGUGUUUUUUUUCUAGGGUGAUCCAGAGCAACAACCCAGCCUUCCCUGUGGGUUGCCAUGUGGUUGGUAGAUGCGGCUGGAGGACUCACACUGUGUCUGAUGAUACAGGUCUGACACGCCUUCUGUCUGACUGGCCUCAGGAUGUCUCCAUGUCCCUGGCUCUGGGGGCCAUCGGCAUGCCUGGGUAAGGAGGAGGGGCUUCUUGAGUGCCAGUGGCUUCUGGGUAAAAUAUGGGGGUCACUAUGGGCUGAAUCACUAGCCACAAAGGGUAGAAAAUUUAUAUUUUCAUGCCAGAAGAAAGAUGCAUGUCAUGCUCUUGGGGCCAAUGGCAUGCCUGGGUAAAGAGGGAUUCUAAAAUGCUAACAUAACCGUAAUAUGCUAACAGUUAAUAGUUGGAGCUGGUGUUGGAGAACUGACAGCACAACUGUUUUAUAGUUUUAGCUCACAGAAUAACGGCAGAAUUGUUUUGGGACCUCAAGUCUGCCAGGAAAAGCAGCUGUAUGUUUUCCCUUCUAGGUUGAUAAAAUACAAAUUUGGGCCCCAGUUGUCUUAGCGAGCAGGUCACUGUCACCACUUAUGGUCCUGUUCUGCUUUUCCACAGAACUCUUUAAACAGUUUUACUGAGUCACAACUCUUUUUAUUCGAUAAUCACAAAUAUUUUUAAUGUAAAUGUUAUUACAAGCAGUGUUGGGUUGGAGACCACCUAAAGCGAGGCCGAUUCAAGACCGAAGCAAAUUGAGUCAGAGUUAAGACCAAGACUGGAGGGGGGGCGAGACCAAGUCAAUACAGAGACCAGAAAAAUGCGAUCAAUUCAAGACCAUGAUUGUAAUUUUGUCAAAUUGCCACCAUUAUAAGAGUUCAAAAUGUCUCCCCUUACUAAUAGUGAGCGCAGAACUUUCAAACAAUUUCCCCCCCACUUCCCUACCAGGGAAUCAAGGAAAUUCUGAUGAGCGCGACCAAGUUUGAGGAUAUUUUUCUACGAAAGUAAAGGACAGUAAUGCUACGAGUAAAGUAGGAAGCACAAGUUUCAAUAGGUGACAAGAUAUUAAUGUGUCAUACAUGGAGUGUAUACAUUUGGCCUGGCGACGCGGUUUUAUGCGCUGACAGAAUGGAAGCUGAUAAUUCUGUGUUUUUGUCUCGGGAAGAAAUGAUGAGUCGUCACGUCUGAGACAAGAUCAAGUAAAAAUGUAUCCAAGACCGAGAUACUCAAUAUGUGGUCAUGAGAGUGGACUCGAGUACUACAACACUGAUUACAAGUAAUUAAAUGUUACACAUGACUGAGGAGAGGAUUGUUUUCAGACGAGGGGUUGAAAGGUAAUCAGUGCUUUAGGAUGACAAGACAGUUGGUGGUGAUACACAGAUGUUAUGUGUAUGAUUGCUUGUGUUGAUAAUGAGUUUGAUACUGUUUGUUUUAACGGAAGUAAACUACUCUACUGUAGCUAGGUGACUAUAGUUAGAGUUCUUAUUAAAGAGCUACCCCUCUUUUGCUCUGACUGCAGACUGGUCACCAGUGUGUGCAUGCAUGGUUUCCAGGAGGUUGGGAAUGGAAAAACAGACUGCAAAAUACACCUUUCAGUUUGGAUGGAAGUUGUUUUCUAUUCAAUCUUCCCUUGUGCUCUGACUGCAGGUUGACAGCCCUGUACGGUCUGGAGGAGGUGCUGGGACUUCAGGCUGGAGAGACCCUACUAGUGAACGCUGCAGCCGGGGCCGUGGGCUCCAUCGUGGGCCAGAUCGCUAAGAUCAAGGGCUGCAGGGUGGUGGGCUCCUCCGGGUCCGACGGCAAGGUAAAAAUGAAAAAGGGAUUAAGAUGAAAUACUGGGAGGCAAAAAUUCUAGUGGUCUCUAUCUUUACUGAUCCUGAAAAUGAAAAAGGGUCUAGCACUGACUUGUUUCGGGUUACAAGCAAUUGAAACUUACUUACAUUUUCUUGUAACCUUUUUUUAUUUUCCAAUGCCAAGGUGGCCUUCCUCAAGGAGCUGGGCUUCGAUGAGGCCUUCAACUAUAAAACAGUCAGCUCACUGGAGGAGGCCCUGAAGACUGCCUCGCCUGACGGAUACGACUGCUUCUUUGAGAACGUAGGUUAUAAAGUAGUUAAAGUAUUUGGUUGUAGUAAAGUAGUUAUAUAAAGUGUAGUAAUUCACUCUGGUAGUUGGCAAUAUUGUUAGAUAUGGUCUGUUAAUAUUUAGUAUUAAAGUAGUAUUUCUCUGGUUUUAAUAUCGUUAGACAUGGAUAUAAAUUGUCUGACACUGUCAGUAUUGGGUAAUAGGUAUUUCAUCCUAACAUGUUUAUCUGGAUAUAAUGGACAUUUCCCCCUUUUCAAGGUGGGAGGUCCUUUCUCCAGUGUGGCCAUUCCUCAGAUGAAGGAGUUUGGAAGGAUAGCUGUGUGCGGCGGAAUCUCAACCUAUAAUGACACCAAUCCACAGACAGGUCUGCUCUCUCUCUCAUCUUCAAAAUCAUUAAACUCUACAUUGUCUAACUCUCAUACAGUAUGUUACCUUGAUAUGUUGUCAGUGUUGCUCAUUUCAAUAUUCCACUAGAGGGUGCCAUUCACCAGUAAUACACUCAGACUGGCCUGUCAGCAGCUGCAUAGAAAUUAAUCUCGGUUAACCCAGAACUAGUCUUGCGUAAUUGGUCAGCUGCUUGAUUAAAUUCUGGGUCCAAACAUUUUAAGAGUAACGAUCAAGAAAUGCUACAAUGAGGAGUAGAACCGGAACAAUGAGCUUCACCCUCUCACUUUGCAAGUUGCAGGCUGAAUGGCCCAUAUUUGAAAAGAUGCUAGCACCUGCGAAAUCAUGAUUUGUCCAAAUAACCAGUAACGAAAAACCCAAACACUGGAACUACUGCUGCUCGUUAUCGUAUGCAUCCCGCUCAGUCACGAAAUAUUCUACGGUACCAGUUAUGUUUACAUAGAUCUGGCCAUGAGAGAUUACAAAGAAAUGAAUGAAGAAACAUAUUGGAACUCUAUGUUCCAUUAUAGAGAACCACAAUGGAAACGAGUCUUUUUACUUUUUGUGUAUAUAAUCCUCUGCCAUUUUGGUAGAUGUAUUUGUUGCCUGGCGUGGCAUCUUUAUGUAUUUUAAAUGGUCAAAUAAAAUAAAAAAGGUAUGCCUGUACGACACCUCUCUCUAUCACUCUCCACUUUCUGUCUCUCUAUCUAUCUGAUGUAAUCUAAUCUUAUCUAUCUAUCAGGCCCAUACCCCCACCUGACCAUGAUCUUCAAGCAGCUGAAGAUGGAGGGCUUCAUGGUGGGCAGGUGGGAGCAUAAGAAUCCAGAGGCUCUGAGGAGACUGAUGGCUUGGAAGAGAGAGGCAAGUACAGUACUUGGGGAUUAAAACUAGCCUUGGUAUCAGUCUGUGCCAUCAUUCCGCUCCUUGCUCCUUGUCAUGCCAUGCACACAGUUCGGCAAUGACAUGGAGUACAAGGAGUAGAAUGUUAGCACAAAACAGGUUGGGGAUUUCAGGCUAGAUAAACUGUCUGAUGUUCAUAAUCAUAUCAUGACAAUUCUAUGGGUAACUAAUUUGGACACCAUGUUUUACAUAUUCUGAAUGUCUGUUAACUGUACACCCUGCUAGAGGUAUUCACAUUUACAAUAUGAAAUGUCUGUGACUGUGAGACUAUACACCUAACUAUACUUUAGAUUAUACCCAGCUAGCACAAAAUGUUUUUAGAACAAUAUGUUUCUUAGAGCGUGGUUGUCCUAUGGUUAUAUUGCAUGCAACCUUCCCAUAACGUUUCCUCAUGGUUCUAUUUAAAGAAAUGUUCUCAAAUUGUUCAGAGAACGUUAAGAAACAACGUUCUUCUAUGGGAAUUCCAGUACUUCAGCAUAACGUUUCCUAAAGGUUUCCUCAUGGUUCUAUUUAAAGUAAUGUUCUCAGAACAUUAAGAAAACAUUAGUAACGUUCAAAGAACGUUGUGAGAAUUAUUUAAAAACAAAUACAUUCUAUUCUCCGCAUCAACAAAACUCUAUCUUGUUAAGUGUGUUCAGGUUUGUUGGCCACACCCACUAAGUGUCCACACCUUAUCUUAAUGAGUGCUUGUUUCCUUUGAAAUGGGGUAUGUUUGAAUAGACUCAAAUGAACAGCUUUGUAUGAGUUAAAAAGAAAUGUGUUGCAUGAUUAAUGCCUAAGCAAAUGAAUGUCCAUGUGUCCUAUCUAUGCUUGGAGUUCAAAACAUUUAACCCAAACUAAGCUAGCAGUGUUAUUAAAAGCAGGGGUUGGAACCAAAAUAAUUUUACAACAGUUUUGUUCUGAACAGAACCAUUAUUUUUUUGUUCCGUUGCACUGUGCUGACCUGCAAAAUAAAGUUCUGAACCAGUUCGAACCCCAAAAAAGUGACUGUAUAUAUCGUUCCUUUGUUUUUUUGCAGUGCGGCACCAGAAUGAAAAUAAAAACAUGUCAUACCUUUUUGUAGUUAAUAAAUCCAAUGUCAAAUGUGAUAACUAUAGUAUCCUUAACUAGCAUUGAAAAGGCUCAUUGAUUCUUCUCUAAUUAAAAAUGUCUGAAUCACACUUGUAAUGUCAGUAGUCUACUAGACUAUGAUUCCGAGGGGGAGGGGCAGGUUGCCUACACACGCACACACCAGGGUUUCGAUUAGCUGGUAGGCCUAAUUGCCGCCUUUUGGCCCCCCAAAAUUGUUUUAAGCAGAUCAAUUAGAUUGUAGCCGGGAAAGGCUACACCCCGAAUUUGCGCUUUAGCACCAUUCUCACACUCCUUUGCGUGCAUGUGUGCCUGCUGCUGAGGAGUGAGAGAGGAGACUUGACCUAGGUUAUUGAAACAUGUUCUCAGAAUGUUAUUGAAUUACAUUCAAAUAACCUAUAGAUUUCAUUCUCAGAACGUUAAUAAAACUUCCCAGGAAAACUUUCAGGAAACCAUAGAGAAACAUUCUCAGAACCUCCCUGCAAACUAAAAAUGUAUGUUCCCAGAACAGGCUACAUUUUCACUUCCGUUCUCAGAACAUUUUUUAAAAAAUGUUACGUUUUAACCAUCAGGAAACGUAUGGCUUCGUUCCCAGAUUCAAUCGGAAACCAAAAACGUCCGUUCCCACAACUUCCAAGGAACCAAAUGUGCUAGCUGGGUAGUGACUACUGAAGGACCAUGUCAUAAUGUUGUGUUUUCAUCCACAGGGGAAACUGCAGUGUCGUGAGCAUGUCACUGAAGGCUUUGAGAACAUGCCUGCUGCCUUUAUGGGAAUGCUGCAGGGAGAAAACAUUGGAAAAGCAAUUGUUAAAGUUUGAUGUGGCUUCAAUGGAUACUCUAUAACAGGGUUCUUCAAUUCCGGUCCUGGAGGGCCGAAACACCUCUGUUUUUCAUCCUCUCCUUCUAAUCAGGGGCUAAUUCAGACCUGGGACACCAGGUGAGUGCAAUUAACUACCAGGUAGAAAUAAAAAACAGAAGUGUUUCGGCCCUCCAGGACCGGAAUUGAAGAACCCUGCUCUAUAACCUAUAGAAUUAGGAUUCAAGGAACAUUCUAUUCUACCCAUAGGAAAGCCAUAGUGUAACUAUGACAUUACAUUCUGGAUUUUUUUUUUUUCUAGAGUGCAUUCG